CAACGACCUGCAGGGCAAUUGCAACAGCCAAUCUAUCUCAGACUUCGACGACAGAAUGUCACGUAAGAGGCCUUCUGAUUCCUUCGAGUUGGAUUCGUCGCAGCCAUACGCGCUCAGCAACCCCGGUUCUUCCCAGAACGGUUAUCCGACCGCGAAUGCAUAUGCAUAUGGCGGGAAUGGCCAUCAUCUAUCCCCGUUCUCCACCCAGGAACGUCAGCCAAAGCAAGCGCGGACAGCAUCAAACUCAUGCGCUGGAUCGUCCCAGGCCAAUCCGUACACCAUAGACGACGACGAGGAUGAAGGGGAAGACGAUGGCUCCCAAGAAGUCCCCGACGCGACGCAGGACUACAAUGAAGCCGCAACCCGCUGGGGUCUCUAUGGCAUCCUGCCUAUCAAAAUCGUGGGAGUUCGAUAUUACCGUGGAUACGCUACUGUAGGGGAAUUAGUCAUCUUACGACGCGAGCCACAAAAUCCAUAUGAUAGCAACGCUAUUCAAGUGCUCAAUGUCCACCGCGAACAGAUCGGUCAUAUCCCGAAGAACAUGGCAGCGAAAUUGGCCAAGUACAUGGAUAACCGUAGUCUGCUUCUCGAGGGCACGAUCACCGGAACGAAAGGCCAGUUUGACUGUCCCAUUGAGAUUAAGGUGUAUGGGACGGACGAGCCUGUGGCGAGGGAAAACCUAAUUGCACAGAUGAGGGCGGAUAAGCUGCCAGUUGGACAUGCGAUGGACAGGAAGAGGAAGGAAGCGAAAGCAGCAAAGGAGAGGGAAAAGCUUGCUGCUAAGGCUGCAAGAGAGGCGAGGAAGAAUGGUGGUGCGGUGGUGUGGGCUGGGGACGGAUUGCAGUUUAAUACUCCGCUAGGAGAGUAUGCCGCUGGGUCGUCGCAAGGGUUGGGGUUGAAUCCUAUGAGUCUGGAGGACAUCAUCGGGAACAGCGACCGGAUCAAUCCCAGGAGCCUGGAGCAGGUUGUGGAGCAAUUUGGGAUCAAAGAAGAGGAGCUGGAGAAGAUGCCAAAGGCACAACAACCAGAUGCACUGGCUACUGAGCUGCGUCCGUUUCAACUUCAGGGUCUACAAUGGAUGCUUAAUCAGGAGAGUCCCAAGCUACCUGCACCGGGAUCGGCAGAUAUUGUUCAGCUCUGGCAGCGUGAUCCUACCAAGCCGAAUGCGUUCAUCAACUUGGCAACCAACUUCUCCCAGAAUAAUCCGCAACUUGCGAGCGGAGGUAUUCUGGCAGACGAUAUGGGCCUGGGCAAGACGAUUCAGGUUAUCAGCCUGAUCAUGGCAGACAGGGCGCUUGGACGCCGCGCAGGCGAUGCUUGCACUGCUACGCUGAUUCUCGCUCCUGUCUCCGUGAUGAGCAACUGGAGCACGCAGAUGGAGCGACACAUCAAGCAGGAGUAUGCCCUACGUGUCAUGUUCUAUCAUGGUACCAGGAAACAGCCCAUCACGCCCAAAGAGAUUGGAAACUACGAUGUGGUCAUCAGCACCUACGACAGCGUGUCCUCGGAGUGGCAUUCGCAGAAGAGUACUACGCUUCCUAGACGCUCAGGUGUCUUCUCGGUGAAAUGGAGACGCGUGGUACUCGACGAAGGCCACAAUAUCCGUAACCCGAAAGCAAAACGCACCAUCGCUAUCCAGAAUCUCAUGGCGCAAUCCCGAUGGGCCCUUACUGGUACGCCUAUUAUCAACAACCUCAAGGACCUCUACUCGCUCGUGCGCUUCCUCAACCCAACCGGAGUUCUCCAAGAUCUGCAAGUCUUCCAUAGCGCAAUCAUUCGCCCGGUGGCUCAGGGCGACCCGCAGGGCAAUCAGAUUCUGCAGCUCCUCAUGAAAGGCAUCUGCUUGCGCCGCAAGAAGGAGAUGUCUUUUAUCGACCUCCGCCUUCCCGAACUAUCGGAGUUCGUGCACAAGAUUGACCUUCUCCCACACGAGAGGGAGAAGUACGAUGCGCUUGAGGCUCAAGCAAAGGGCACGUUGGAGAUCUACAAGCAUAACCUUCGCACGCGCAACAAUCCGAACGACACGUAUCGUCAUUUGCUCGAGGUAUUGCUACGCAUGCGCCAGCUGUGCAAUCACUGGAAACUCAUCAGCGAGGAGAGACUGGAGAGCGUGAUGGCGCAGCUCGAAGCAGAAGGCGUUCUGGAUCUUACGGAGGAAAACAAAUCCGCCUUGCAGAAAAUGUUGCAACUCAGUAUCGAGAGCCAGGAGGAUUGUCCCGUGUGUUUGGACAAUCUGAGAGAACCCGUCAUUACUCGCUGUGCGCAUGUCUUCUGCACAGCAUGCAUAGAGCGCGUCAUCGACACCCAACACAAAUGCCCCAUGUGUCGCGCCGAGCUCGAAUCGCUUGGCUCGACCACCGUCAAACCAGCCCAGGAAGCCGCUGCUCCACCUCCACCUACCCAAGAACAACUCCUAGACAAACACUCCCUGGAGACAUCAAGUAGCAGCAAAGUUACCGCUCUGCUUCAAAUCCUUGAUGCAAGCCGGAAGCAGGACCCCACUGCUAAGACUAUCAUCUUCUCACAAUGGACGUCGUUCCUCUCGCUGCUAGAACCUCACUUGGAAGCGAACAACUACAGCUUCACCCGCAUCGACGGCUCCAUGUCUGCAACCCAGCGCGACAAUGCCAUCUCCCAACUCGAUAACAAUCCCAGCUGCACCAUUCUCCUCGCCAGCUUAGCUGUGGCGAGUGUAGGUCUCAAUCUCACAGCAGCGAAUCAAGUCAUUCUCGCAGAUUCCUGGUGGGCACCUGCGAUCGAGGAUCAGGCCGUCGACAGGGUAUACAGAUUGGGUCAGAAACGGGAGACGAGGGUUUUCAGGGUGGUCGUUAAGGGGAGUGUGGAGGAGAGGGUGUUGGACGUGCAGGGUGAGAAGAGGGCGCUCAUGGGGGUGGCAUUCGCAGAGAAGGAAGGGGGUGUGGGAAAGAGGAAGAGAGGGGUGGGUUUGGGGGAACUGGAGAGAUUGCUUGGUGGUGGUGGGAAUGGCCAGGCUGCUGGAAGUGGUAAUGGGAAUGCAAAUUAGGUGCUGGAAAUCAGGGGUUUCACUUAAGCGUAUGUGGUGGACGGCUUUAAAAUCUUCUGUCCAAGAGAGCGAUGCCUAAGGCGUCAUGUGUGUUACAAGGGUCCUGGUCGAGUAUCAGGUACAGGUUCCGUUCGUUUUUCUGGAGUUACUCGGUGUAAUAAUGGAAUCUAGAGAGAGAUCCAGCAAUCGAAGAGGUCCGUAGGACGACGGCUGGACGAGGUUCGAUCGCAAUGAAUAGAGACCUCUGCUUCAGUGGCAGAAA